UAAUAAUGUUGAAUGUUGUAAGUACAUAACCUCAAUUACAAAUUGCGGUCAUUUAUGUUGGUGAAUAGCUGUUCAAAUAUGUGCGCUUUAAUUUUUCUCUGAAAAAUGUUUCCAAACGUACCUUUUCUCUCUAUCUUGCCAUGAAAUAGCAGCUCUUUCCAUCAACUUGUAACCAACAUCUUGAAAUACUUAGGGAUCUAUCAGUUCAGAAUAAUCACACAAGUUCACUAUUAGAGAUCUGCUGACUCAUGUGAUACCUAAUUGAUGUCAGCAAUGAAAGGUCUCUCAAAAUCUGGCAUAUUCACGAAAUCAUGGUCUGCCUUCCGCCAAUCAAUAAGGAAACUUACAUUUCAGCCGGAAAAGUCGUACGAUGUCAUUGUAAUCGGAGGUGGACAUGCAGGCACUGAGGCAUGCACAGCUGCGUCCCGUAUGGGAUCGCAAGUACUACUCAUCACUCAUAAGAAGGAAAAAAUUGGUGAAAUGUCAUGUAAUCCUGCUUUUGGUGGUAUUGGCAAAGGGCACCUCAUGAGGGAAGUUGACGCUUUAGAUGGUGUGUGUGGUCGAAUUUGUGACCUCUCUGGAAUACAGUACAGAAUUCUAAAUAAAAGAAAAGGACCUGCUGUAUGGGGGCCAAGAGCACAGAUUGAUCGAGAACUCUAUAAAAAGCAUCUUCAGGACGAACUCUUUAAUCGGACACCAAAUUUGGACAUUCUAGAAGGAUCGGUAGAUAAUCUCAUUCUGUCAGACCCUGAAGACUUAACUCGAAAUUAUAUUCGUCAAGUGUGUGGUGUCGUCAUGAAUGAUGGGACUAAAAUACUCUCCAGGUCAGUUGUUAUUACUACUGGUACAUUCCUUCGUGGGCAUAUCAAUAUGGGGCUAGAAAUUCGACCGGCUGGAAGGAUAGGUGAUGAACCGUCUGUAACUCUAGCUAAAACGCUCGAAUCACUUGAGUUCAGGAUGGGUAGACUCAGAACAGGAACUCCUCCCAGACUGGACAAACGCACCAUAAAUUAUUCAAAUCUAAUCCCUCAGUUCGGAGAUGAAGUUCCUGCUCCAUUUUCAUUCAUCAAUGAUAAAGUUUGGAUAAAGCCCGAGGACCAGGCGGUGUGCUACCAAACUUUCACGAAUUCGAAAGUAGAAAAAAUUAUCCUUGAUAAUUUGCAUGUGAACAGACAUGUCACCGAGGGUGCGACAGGUCCUCGCUACUGUCCCUCAAUAGAGUCAAAAGCAAUCAAAUUUGGCGGCAAACAGCAUGUAAUUUGGUUAGAACCAGAAGGUUUGUCGAGCAAUUUAGUCUAUCCCAAUGGUCUCUCCUGCACCCUCCCAGCAGAUUUACAAAUUCAACUAGUCAGAUGCAUCGAAGGUUUGGAAAAAGCAGAAGUUGUACAACCUGGAUAUGGUGUAGAAUACGAUUACAUUGAUCCAAGAGAGCUAUACACGACUCUAGAGACUAAGAGAAUCUCUAACUUGUUUCUGGCUGGUCAAAUUAACGGAACAACAGGCUAUGAAGAGGCAGCGGCGCAGGGAAUAUUAGCCGGGGUUAAUGGAGCUGCCAAGUCUCAAAAAAGACCUAGUCUCUCUAUCAAUAGAACUGAGGGUUAUAUAGGCGUUCUUAUUGAUGAUUUAACCACACAAGGAACAAAUGAGCCAUAUCGCAUGUUUACUAGCCGCUCUGAGUUCCGGUUAUCUCUCCGGCCAGAUAAUGCUGACCUACGAUUAACUUCUAAAGGAUUUGACAUCGGCUGUGUUUCUAAAUCUAGGUUUGAUAAGUUUGUCUCUACCACAGAUAGUGUCAACACAUGCAUUGAAGUGUUAGAGUCAAUAAAAGCCCCAACGUCUCGGUGGAGGAAAAGCCUUGGAAUGAGUCCGACAAAGAAUUUGGAAAUCAAAUCAGCUUUUGACGUUUUAGGUUUCAUACUUUCUAUCUCAGUUAAAGAUUUAAUCAUUGCAUCCCCUGACAGUUUAAGUGUACUAAAAAAGUUUGAUGAAAAUACAAUCCGACGGGUCAAAAUUGAGGCCCUUUAUAAGGAAAUGAUUAUAAAACAGGAAAAAGAAGUAGAGGGGAUCCAAAAAGACGAGAAGCUCAAGAUUCCUAGUCAUAUAGAUUACUCAGAAAAAUCACUAAAUCUCUCAUUUGAAGAGGUGGAGAAGCUAACAGUAGCACAGCCUCAAACUAUAGCAGCUGCCAGUCGUAUUCCAGGAGUUACCCCAACCACAAUACUACGAUUGCUUAAAUAUGUCCAAAACUCAUCUGCUGCUUGUCAAUCUUGACUUUUUUGUUAAGUUCUCUCGAGGAAAAAGGAGAAAGGUAUUGUUGCACUUGCCCUCAUGGGGCAUUGAUUCUCUCUGAGAUAGAGUAGUGAUGGGUCAAUUUACCUGAGACAAUUGCCUUGCAAAAAUCCGCUUCGCUCUCUUUUUGAUAGAUGCUUGACUGGAUCCGAGCAGAGAAAAUUGCUAUGAUUUCAUUCUGAUAUCCUUGCGAUGUGUAGUGCCUGUAAGUCCUCGUUAGCCGGUCUUAAAGCUUUUUAUUUUCCUCACACAGUGUUUCUUGAAGCUCAGCAAAGUGUGCUUUAUUAGAGAUAUCCUCAAUGUAGUCUCUGCAUAUUACACCCAUUUUUCUUCAGCAAUAUUCCAGUGUUUCUCUAAUUUUUUCUCUGUUAGUUUUUCUGCUGUCAAACCUCCUCAUAACUCGAAAAAAAUGAAAGGAAAACUUUAGUUUGCCAAACACCAGUUAAUCAUAAGUAUUUCAGAACUUUUGUACUUGGAAAACUUUAGUCAUUUCUUGUUAGAGAGGGAAACUUUUAGGAGGGAAAGAAAGCAUCCGCAAGCCCAAUUGCAUGGUAUAUAAACACUUAAUAGUCAAGUAAAUCUUGUGUUGAUAGAAAUUUUGAAAAAAAAAAUCCUCGUAGCAAAAGCUCCAAAAUUUUUUUUGUGGAAAACUCGAGAAAUGACAAUACAUAAUACGCACUAAACUCAUAAAAAGGUAUUAGUUUACAGAUUUUUAUAAUCAAGAAUGUCUAUUUGCUGAUAUAAUAUUAGUUUGCAAGACCAAAUAAGAGUUUCUUAAAACAUUUACAAUGCAGGGGAAGUCAAAUUGAUUGCCUCAAUGUGUAUGUUGGCAUAAUGCUGCAGCUAAUAUAGAACCGAGAGAUGUGAAUUGAAGCUUGAAGCAUAAAGACCUACAGAAAGGAAAAAGACUUUGUCAGAGUAUGUCACUUUUAACUGAAGUGUCUUUUCAACAUGUAAGUUCAAAUGUUUGAAUGUUUAUUUAAACUUAAUGAUUAAACUCAUUGAUAGCUUCAGAUGAGUCAUUUUGUAUUGUGUGAUACUCAGUUUAUAUUGUGUCAUACUCAGUUUAUACAUUAGCAUGAUGCGUUGUGAAUGCUUAGAUGGUGCUAUUUUCUGGUGUUCUGUAUUUAUAUUCUCUCACCCCCCUCCCCAUACAACCCCAUCUUUCCUCCUCUCCAUUGCCUCUUUUGUUGUACCUAGGUACCUAUCAUUGUUCUGUUGUCUCUUGACUCAAUAAAGCUAUGAGCAAGAUUGAA